CAUUACAAAGCAGAAGAAACAGAAGAUGAUAAAGUAAAAAUAGUGAAGAAAACGGAAAGUUACAUGCGUAGCCAUCUUCUUCCGUUUCCUUCUCUUAUUUCCCAUCAAUUUUCCUCCGAACCCUAACCCUAACCCAAAGCCUUAAGCACUCUCCAUCCGAUCCCUUCCUUAAGCGCAACACCAAGAUAAUUCAUUCCAAAUUGGACUCGAUUCGCGGCAAAACCCUACCACAUUUAUAUUCCGCGUACCCUGAUUUCCGAUGGGAGGAGACCCCCUCCCUCUUCCGCCGUCAUCCUCUGGAGAUGACGGCGACCCUUUCGGUACCUGGUACGGUAACAUCGACUACCUACUGAACAUCUCGGUGAUCGGCUCCGCCUGCUGCCUUCUGAUCUUCCUCUUCGUCAAACUCCGCAGCGACCACCGUCGCAUGCCGGGGCCCACCGCCCUCGCCUCCAAGCUCCUCGCCGUCUGGCACGCCACCGGCCGCGAAAUUGCGCGCCACUGCGGUGCUGACGCCGCGCAGUUCCUCCUCAUCGAGGGCGGCAGCUGCGCCCUCCUCCUCUCUCUCUCUGUGCUCGCCGUCACCGUUCUCCUCCCGCUCAACCUCUCCGCCGGCACCGCCUUCAUCGACGACGGCUUCUCCAGAACCACGAUCACGAACAUCGAGAAGGGCUCCUCUCUUCUCUGGAUUCACUUCCUCUUUGUCGUUGUCGUGGUGGUUUUGGUCCACUUCGGGAUUUCGGCCACCCAGGAGCGUUUGAGGAUUACGAGGUUUAGGGACGGGUACGGUAAUUUGAGUGAUCCUACCUCGAAUUCCACUGCAAUAUUCACUAUUAUGGUUCAGGGUUUGCCGAAAAUUAUAGCCGCUGACAGGGUAGUGUUGCACGAGUAUUUUCAGUAUAGGUAUCCGGGGAAGGUUUAUAAGGUUAUUGCCCCAAUGGAUUUGUGUGCUUUAGAUGAUUUAGCCAAUGAAUUGUUGCGUGUGAGGGAUGAGAUUUCGUGGCUCGUGGCCAGGAUGGACUCUCGGCUUUUGCCGGACGAUGAGCGUGACGGUGGUAUCUCCCAAACCGGAUUGUGGGGUUCGAUUGUUUGUUUUUGGAAAUGGUUGAAGGGUUUUUGUGUUGAUUUUAUGGGCAGGUUUGGUUAUAGUGAUGAGGAGAGGUUGAGAAAGUUGCAGGAGCUGAGGGCUGAGUUGGAGAGUGAGUUGGCUGAUUAUAAAGAAGGGCGUGCGCCUGGUGCUGGUGUUGCGUUCGUUAUGUUCAGGGAUGUGUAUACUGCUAAUAAGGCUGUUCAGGAUUUUCAGAAUGAGAAGAGGAGGAGAAUUGGAAAGUUCUUUUCUGUGAUGGAGUUGCGGUUGCGGCGGAACCAGUGGAAGGUUGAGAGGGCUCCCUUGGCCAGUGACAUUUACUGGAAGAACAUGGGAACGCCGAGGAUGUCGCUGAAGUUGAGGCGGGUGUUUGUGAAUACCUGUUUGUUGUUAAUGCUUUUGUUCUUUAGCUCACCCCUAGCGGUGAUCACUGCUGCUAAGAGUGCUGGGAGGAUUAUUAAUGCUGAAGCUAUGGAUAAUGCGCAGCUGUGGUUGGCUUGGGUGCAAAGCUCUAGCUGGCUAGCAAGUAUUAUAUUUCAGUUUUUACCCAACGUGAUCAUAUUUGUUAGCAUGUACAUAGUGAUCCCUUCUGCUCUUUCGUAUCUCUCGAAGUUUGAACGGCAUUUGACAGUGUCUGGGGAGCAGAGGGCUGCACUGUUGAAGAUGGUUUGCUUCUUCCUUGUGAAUCUCAUUCUCUUAAGGGGUUUGGUGGAAUCGUCGUUAGAGAGUACCAUCUUGAAGAUGGGUCGUUGCUAUUUGGAUGGAGAAGACUGCAAGAGGAUUGAGCAGUAUAUGAGUGCAUCGUUUUUGUCUAAGUCAUGCCUUUCCUCACUUGCAUUUCUGAUCACAAGCACUUUCUUGGGGAUUUCUUAUGAUCUGUUGGCACCCAUUCCUUGGAUUAAAAGAAACCUUCAGAAGUUUCGGAAGAAUGACAUGCUUCAAUUGGUGCCAGAACAAAGUGAAGAAUACCCAUUAGAACAUCAGGACAUAGAUAGUAGUCUUCAGAGACCACUAAUGCACGACAAUGCUUAUGACAUUGUCAAUGGGGAUGAUGUUGAGGGACAAGAUCUUUUUGUUUAUCCAAUUACUGGAAGCUCACCUGCUCCCAAACAGACAUUUGAUUUUGCACAGUAUUACGCCUUUAAUUUGACAAUUUUUGCCCUGACUCUGGUAUAUUGUUCAUUUAAUCCUCUUGUGGUCCCUGUUGGUGCUGUAUAUUUUGGGUAUAGAUAUGUGGUUGACAAGUACAAUUUUCUGUUUGUCUAUCGAGUUCGUGGCUUCCCUGCCGGCAAUGAUGGUAGAUUAAUGGAUACUGUAAUAUGCAUCAUGCGUUUCUGUGUUGAUCUAUUCCUACUUGCCAUGCUCCUAUUCUUUUCAGUUCGAGGGGACUCCACAAAGUUGCAAGCUAUAUUCACUCUUGGGUUAUUAGUCUUGUAUAAAUUACUGCCUUCAACUAAUGAUGGUAUACAACCAACACUUUUGGAGGGCAUUCAAACAGUUGACCACGUUGUUGAUACUAGGCCCAUUGAUUAUGAGGUAUAUUCACAGCCCAGGUUUGAUUGGGAUACCUCCCAAAGGUAACUCAGACUUUGAUAUGCAUUACUUGAUGUCAUAUAAAGAUGUAUCUCUUCCCAAACCAGUACGUAACUUGGAAAAAAAAAAUAGUGGUGAGGGAUGGGGACAGAGGGCACGCAAGGAUAGGAAGAAAUAGGAAGAGGUUUCUGGUAACUGCUGUUCAUAAUUUGUUGUACACUCAUUGAUCACACUUCAUUCUUCUCUACCACUUCUUGCCUAAUUCCAAAGCUUGGCCAGGAUGUUAAUAUCUAGAAUGUACCAUAUGAUUUUUCUU